AUGGUACGCGUGUUGGAGUCGAGCCUCGUCUCUACCUCGUGGGCCAACGAGCCCUACUCUCGCUACCCACAGCAACAGCGCAUGUUCGGGACGGACGAGAUUGUGAAUGGACUCUGGUAUGCCUUCGCUGCCGCACAGCUAAGCUUUAUGAGCCGACGAGACAAAGAUGGGAGCGUAGGCCCCAGAGAAGUCCUCGAAGGGUUGAGGAUCCCGGCUUGCCAACAACACGUAAAUUUCCCAGAGAGAGGAGAUGCACCCUUUGGGUUUUGGCACGCUAUGAUUACGGCCGAUGGCCUGGAGAACCGUUCUAUCUGGACUUGA